AUGCAUUUCAACACCCUCCUUCUCCUUGCUGGAAACCUGCUCCCAGUCUUUGGAGCAGCAACCAAAUCUUCUAAGGCCCCCGAGCCCCAGCAACCAGGCAUUGUCUCCAACUGCAAGUCAUACUAUCUCGUACAGAAGGGUGAAACGUGCUCCUCGGUCGCUACCAAGAACAAAAUCUCCCUGUCCGACUUUCAGAAAUGGAAUCCCAAGACUGGCACUGACUGCAACGCCCUUCUGGCAAACGCAUACGCCUGUGUUGCUGUCACCGAGACAAAGGGUUCAACCCCAGCGAAGAAAUACUCCCCUACUCAAGCUGGUAUCGCCAAGAACUGCGCCAAGUACGCUCUCGUUGGCAAGACCACGACAUGCAAGUCGAUCGAGACGCAGAACAAGGUCUCCUUUGCCAACUUUUACAAAUGGAACCCCGCUGUUGGCAAGCACUGUCAGGGUCUCAAGAAGGGAUACUAUGUUUGUGUUGGUGUUGAAGAGGCUGUGACUACAACACCGACCACUCCUGAGAAUGUCAAGGGCAGCAAAGCGCCUUCGCCGGUUCAGAAGGGAAUUAACAAGUCGUGCAACGAAUUCCACCGUGUUUCUAAGGGUGAUACUUGUUAUGCUGUUGCUCAAGAGUUCAAGAUUGAUCUGGAUGAGUUUUAUAAGUGGAAUCCUGCUGUUGGGUCAAAGUGUGAGAACCUUUGGGCUAAUUACUACUACUGUGUUAGCGUUGCUGGCGAGAAGCCUAAGACUACUCCCUCUCUCAACUAG